AUGAAGUUCUUCGCCACUGCUCUCUUGCUCGCUGCCACCGCCAUGGCUCUGCCCCAGCCGGGAGGCGAAGGCAACAUCCAGUCUAUUCCCAAGGAUAUGACCAUUAACCAGGCUCAGGCCAAGUGCGGUGACAACGCCAAGGUCAACUGCUGCAACAAGUACACCACCAACAAAAACAUCAACACCAACAACUCCGGGCCACUGGCAGGUGUUGCGCAGAGUGCUCUGGCCCAGGGCCUAGGUAUCGGCGAGCAGUGCAACGAUCUCAGCCUCAACGUCCCUGUUCUCAACAUUGUUGGAGGUGGUGUCGACCAGCUUAUCAACCAGAAGUGCAAGCAGAACAUUGCUUGCUGCCAGAACACCGGGUCGAACGCCAACAACGACGUUGUCGGAGUCGCCCUUCCCUGUAUCGCUCUGGGCUCCCUCCUCUAA